AUUAUUCUCAAAAUACAGACUCUGUGAUUACAUUUAUAAAUAAUGUCCCUAAAAGCAAAAUUAGUCUUUUGGGGGAGAUAAGUAGGAAGGAUGAUUGCUUAUAAAGGUGAAAGUAGAGACUGAGUGGGACAGUAGUCAUAAGGGAACUUUCUGGAGUCGUAUUAGGGGUUUGGAUUACACGGGUGUAUGUAUUGGUUGAAAUUUAACAAAUGUACAUUUAAUAUGUGUAUAUGUAAAUGUAUACCGAAAGAAAGAGUAAUACAAACAAAUACUGAACUCUAGUCAUUUAUAUACAUGCUACUUAGUAAAAACGUGAAAACACUUGCAAUUUAUUUGCCGUGCACCAGAGAACAGAUGAACAGAUGAACAGAUGAAUGAAGAAUGUCUCAGAAUGAGAAGACGUGCUCACUCCAGGCUACCAUCACCUGCGUUCACAGCUUUUGAGCUCACAGCCAUCCUUUGAGGCCGGCGCUUUCCACCUUCCCCUUGCCCUCACACUACGUCCCUGUCUAGUCUCCCCUCUGCUCACAGAAGAGGCGAUUUCUAUGCUAAGUGCCAAGAAAAAGUCUGCAAAUUUUCAGCACUGAAGGACAUCCCUUGUCUGACAAGUCUUCCUAGAGGACCCAUUCUGAGUCCCAAUCCCUAGAGAUGAAAGGACUUGCCCUGCAGGAUUACAUGGGGAGUUAUGUAGGAGACGGACGGAGAGAGGGCAGAGUGUGGCCCAGAGUGCUUGGUGCUUUUUGUGAGAAGGAACAAGAAAGGCAGGGGCGGCCUACGGCCGACUGAAUAGCAAUGACAUGUGGGCCAGGAAGAAGUCAAGGAGGCUCCCACUGGUCCCUGGAGGCAUUUAUAGCUCCAAGUCAGAAGCCCAGCCUGUGGAAGAUGACAGCCCCAAAGCCCUGCCUGUGUUAGGGGAGCAAUCGAACUCAGAUAAUGACAUAAAUGAGUCGCUGUUCAUCUGGGGAAUCUCAGACAAAGCAGCCCAGAGGAAAACCAUCUCUGCCGGGGAAGGCUCGUUUCACUUGCAACAAGAGAAGCAGCAGCCACGACCGGAGCCUGAGCGCAAGCUGGGGAGAGGUAGAGGGAGGCUGAGGCUGCCGCGUAGGCUACCCUUUAAAGACAGGCAUUUCACUUGCAGCAAAAUAAUAGGAAGGAGGUUCGCUUGUUUUGCGCAGAAGCUGAGCCACAGGAGAAAGCAGAGCCAAUGUGAUUUAUUGAAUGAAAGCACUGGACAAUUAUCAACAACUUGUUCCUCUGCUGCCUCGAGCAACCUAAGCUGGAACUGCCGUGUGAAAAUGACCCAACAAAUGCAGAAUUUACAUCUUUCUCAGUCAAAAAAGCACAGUGCCCCAUCGUCUCCCAAUGCUGCCAAACGCCUGUACAGGAAUCUCUCUGAGAAACUGAAGGGGAGCCACUCUUCCUUUGACGAGGCCUAUUUUAGAACAAGAACUGAUCGGCUGAGUCUCAGAAAGACCUCGGUGAACUUCCAGGGCAAUGAAGCCAUGUUUGAGGCAGUUGAGCAGCAGGACAUGGACGCUGUGCAGCUCCUCCUGGACCAGUACACACCAGAAGAGCUAGACCUCAACACACCUAACAGUGAGGGGCUGACGCCUCUGGAUAUUGCCAUCAUGACCAACAAUGUGCCCAUCGCAAAGAUUCUUCUGAAGACAGGAGCCCGAGAAAGUCCACACUUUGUCAGCCUGGAAAGCCGCGCGACACACCUCAACACACUGGUCCAGGAGGCCCAGGACAGGGUGAGUGAACUGUCUGCCCAGGUGGAGAAUGAAGGAUUCACUCCGGACAACACAGAGAAAGAGAAACAGCUGAAAGCUUGGGAGUGGAGGUAUCGGCUCUACAGACGCAUGAAAACGGGCUUCGAACAUGCCAGAGCCCCCGAGAUGCCAACCAAUGCCUGUCUCAUGGUAACCAGCAGCGUGUCUCUCACCGUCACCUUCCAAGAGCCUCUCAGUGCCAAUGCAGCUGUAGUGACCAGGUAUAAAGUGGAAUGGAGUAAAUCUAAAGACUUUUCUUCUGUGGCUGGAGAAAUCAUCAUGGACAACCUGAACACCCUGAGAUGCACAAUCACAGGACUUAUAACGGGACAACAAUAUUUCGUUCAAGUCUCAGCUUAUAACAUGAAAGGAUGGGGACCUGCUCAGACCACGACACCCGCCUGUGCCUCUCCUUCUAACUGGAAAGACUAUGACAACAGAGAGCCCAGACACAAGGGACAGAAUGAAGUCCUGGAGAGUCUGCUACAGCAGGUCCGAGCCCUGCAUCAGCGUUACAGUUGCCGGGAAAGUUCAAAAUUACAAACCACAGGCCGCAAACAGUCAGUGUCAAGAAGCCUGAAACACCUAUUCCAUUCUUCAAACAAGUUUGUGAAGACCUUAAAACGGGGACUCUACAUAGCUGUUGUGUUUUAUUACAAAGACAAUAUGUUAGUUACAAAUGAAGAUCAAAUACCAAUCGUUCAGAUAGAUGACUCUCACACCAGCUCCAUUACACAAGAUUUUCUGUGGUUCACCAAGCUGUCCUGUAUGUGGGAAGACAUAAGGUGGCUGAGGCAAAGUGUACCUAUCUCAAUGUCCUCAUCCACAGUGCUGCAAACUCGGCAGAAGAUGCUUGCUGCAACAGCCCAGCUACAGAAUUUACUUGGAACACACAACUUGGGAAGAGUUUACUACGAGCCCAUUAAAGACCGGCAUGGAAACAUCCUCAUGGUCACCAUCAGAGAGGUGGAGAUGCUUUAUUCUUUUUUUAACGGCAAAUGGAUGCAGAUCUCAAAGCUGCAAAGCCAGAGGAAGUCUCUGUCAACACCCGAGGAGCCAACAGCCUUAGACAUUUUACUGAUAACCAUCCAGGAUAUUCUCUCCUACCACAAAAGGAGUCACCAGCGUCUCUCUCCCGGAUUAUACCUAGGUUACCUAAAGUUAUGUAGCUCUGUGGAUCAAAUCAAAGUUCUUGUAACUCAAAAGUUGCCCAACAUUCUCUGCCAUGCGAAGAUCCGUGAAAACAAUAACAUUUCCAAGGAGGAGUGGGAAUGGAUCCAAAAGCUUUCUGGCUCUGAAUCUAUGGAAAGUGUGGAUCAUACUUCUGACUGCCCCAUGCAAUUGUUCUUCUAUGAGCUCCAGAUGGCAGUGAAAGCUCUCCUUAAGCAGAUCAAUAUACCUCUACACCAGGCAAGAAACUUCCGCCUCUACACACAGGAGGUGUUGGAAAUGGGUCACAAUGUGUCCUUUCUUCUCCUGCUCCCUGCCUCAGACGACGUCUGUACAGCCCCAGGACAGAAUAAUCCUUACACCCCACACUCAGGGUUUCUUAACCUCCCUCUUCAGAUGUUUGAACUCGUUCAUUUUUGCAGCUACAGAGAGAAAUUUAUUAGUCUGUAUUGCCGCCUUUCUGCUAUUGUGGAGCUGGAUUCUCUGACUACCCAACAGUCCCUGAGGGAAGCAAUCUCAGACAGCGAGGUUGCGGCUGCCAAACAAAGACAUCAGCAAGUUUUAGAUUUCAUUCAGCAAACAGAUGAAGUUUGGCGUGAAAUGAGAUGGAUCAUGGAUGCUCUACAAUAUGCAAGAUACAAGCAACCAGUUUCUGGAUUGCUUAUCACUAAGCUGAUAGAUCCUUCAGAUGAGCAGAACCUGAAGAAAAUUAACUCUACAUCAUCACAUAUAGACUGUCUUCCAUCACCAUCACCAUCGCCCGAGAUGCACAGAAGAAAGGCAGUGAGUGAGUCGCAGCCCUGCUCUGAUGAAGAAGCCUGCUCGGAAGUCUUCCUCCCCACGGACAGUGACUAUGACUCCAGUGAUGCCCUGAGUCCCCGGGACUUGGACUUGGUCUACCUGUCUGCACAUGACAUCGCCCAACAAGCCCUCAGCGGCCUCAGCGGCAGUGCUCCCGACGUCCUACAAGUGCACGACAUGAAGAGCCCGACUGGACCAGGCCAGGACACGAUGGGCCGGGCUCAAGGUUCAGACCCGGACCACUCCUGCGCAGAACUCCUCCACAGCCUGACGCUCACAGGAUUCACACCCAAGAUCUACACCAAAAUGGCACCAGGCGCGCGGCCGCCGCUGGGCUUCCUGGGAAAGCGGAAGCCGGCCAAGCACCAGCACUAUGGUGGCUUCAGCCGCCACCACCGCUGGCUGCGCAUGCACAGCGAGACACAGUCUUUGUCACUUUCCGAGGGUGUCUACACCCCGCACCUGUCCCAGGCCUGCGGCCUGGAUCAGGACCUCGGGGAAGCCGAGCGUCCUGGUCCAGCGCUCGAUGGGCCCCGGGGCCUGGGCCUGGCUCAUGCCACCAGCCUCCCGGAGGAGCAGAAGGGCUGCCUUCAGGACCCCAGGCCUUCUAUCCGCCGCAUCUACGUGGAGCCCUAUGCUGGGGCCCUUGUGGGGCAGGACGCAAAGCCAUGGGCCGGCUUGAGCCCAACGCCUGGAGACCGCGCCUGCCUGCCUAGCCCCUCGGGCCCUGAGAUGAAGCCAGAGGAUCCCACCUCACCGGUAUCAGAAAUACUCAGCAGCAUGCUUUAGGGAGACAUGAUGGCUGUCCACUGCGGCACUCCCAUCCCUGCAUUUUCCAUCACCCUACCCCAGCCUGCCCCACUGCCUUCCCAGCCCAUUUUCACGUUUUGAAUGUUACAAAUCCAACGGUUUCAGAUUCAAGGCCCUCUUUUUGGAAAGUAGAGGGGAUGGAGGCCAGAGUGGCCAGUGCCAUUCCCAUUUCAGCCUAGAAAAGGCAUGGAGGAGUUUUUGUAUCACACGAAGUCUGAGACGCAGUGAUUCAGUACCCCGGCCAUGGUACCUAUUGCUGUGGUAGAACAGGCCAAAGAGAUACCACUCUGCAGCUGGUUCUAUAGUCUGACCCCUGGGCUUAGGGCUCUUUCAUGAAUUUGGAUGAAGAGAAGUUCUAUAGAUGGAAAUAAGAUUGGCAUUGGUUUUCCUUCCAAUCCAAACCUUGAGAAGAGUUUGGAGGAAAGAGGCCCUGAUUGUUUCUUCAUGCCAUGGGAUCAAGAAGGCUUGUGUUAGGUUUCCUAUCAGCUAAACUGGAAAUGGUUUAGGUCAUGCCAAAGUGCAGGGUUCUCAGAAUUCACCAAAUCCAAUUUAUAAUCAGGACUUAACCCAAGUAGGCCCUUACUGCUGUGUGGAGAUCACCAGAAACAAAAGUGGAACACACUUCCAGCUCUGUCUUGCAAAGAUAGAAUAAGGCAAGAAGAAACCCUUCCAGCACACUCAGCUCCUAUUUAAAUGUGAAAGUGAGUAUCGAAUUGUUCCAUGGUGCAAGGAAAUGGAUGAAUUAAGUGAAACCGUAAUUUAUAGAUAAGAGGAGGGAGAAGAACAUAAACAAAAGUAUAUUUCCUUUACUAUUCUAAAACAAACUAAGCAAACUAAGUCCAUAAGUCUGUCAGUGAAAAUCACAUUGGAUCUUCUCCAGAUUCUGAAGUGAUGAAAUAGUCAUGGCCUGCACAUAUGGCCAGGCAGUGGUGGACUCCUCACAGCCCCACAAGCACAUCACUAGCUCCAUAUCACAGAUGAAGACAAAUUGCCCCAGGCUACAAUGGCUACCUUCCUCUCUCAGUCACUCCUUUAAACAUCAGUUUUGCCCCCAAGAUCAUCUGGCCAGGUGGCUAUAAGGAAAAAUCUUUCCUUCAAAGCCUCACCAGUGGUUUGCUCCAAAUGUGCUCAAAAUACACAUGGGACUCCUGCUUUGGUCACAUGGCCUACUACCUGAAUUUCUCACAAAUGAGAAACUCAAAUCAAAGAGAAAUCACACUGCCUAUUCAAGAAAGUCAUGAGUCUUCUCAACUCCUGGAGCCAAGACCAUUCAGUUCACUGACAUUCUAAAUGGUCCUUUUCUGCUUCACAGGCAUUUCAGUUAAAUAUUGCUCUUUAUGACCCUAUUCCCGUCCUCAUAGUCCUACCAUUUCUCCUCAUGGGAGUUCAUACAAAGUCCCCUGUUCACAAUGUUAUUCUGAUCCCUUCCAUUUUUAAAACAUUUAAUUUAAACAUAAAUAAUUACCCCGCUGGAAAGGUGCAGAUUUGGCCCACGGCCUACAGCCAUUAGAAAACUAAAGCCUAGAGCUCAGUCUUUAUUUUUUUAAGAGAUGUUAUACUUAGUGAACCUCCCAAAGAAUCUUGAUCAGAAUCACUACAGCUUCUUUUCUAUGCCUGAGAGGAUUUUAAAAAACAGCUUUCUUCUGUCUGAGUGAAUUCUGUGCAUAUGGGAGGAGUGAAGGUUAUAACUAAAAGGGGUCAUAAAAUUUUUCUUAAAUACUUUACAGGUAGGGCUGCUGAGGCCCAGAGAGGUUAAGUGACUUGCUCAAGGUCAUGGCUUGUUUAGUCUCAGAGUUAGGAUUGGAAGACCACAACCAUUCCCUUUAUAGUAGUCUGUCCCAGUGGGAAAUGGUACACACCUCAUCAAGACCUGCCUACAGGCAAUUUACUCUUUGUCAAAAUUAUCUACUUCUUAUUCCAAAUUCAAGUCCUUUGCUCAACAUUUACCAAAAAAAUUUUCCAGUAUCACAGAGCUCCCUUUUGCUAGGGAAUACAAUUAUCAGGUGAUGGAUCUCUAAGCUAAGUUUGCUAAUUAAAAAGCUAAUUUGGGAGAAAUUUCAAUUAUGUUAGAUAAUAACAUACCUUAGUUAUCUUAGUUAAUAGUAGAGUUAUCUGCUCUCAGCUUCUACUCAUUGCUAACUAGAAGGCAGUCUAUGUAUAUUGAAUGAGUUUGUGAGGUAAGAUUGUCCAGAACUAACAAGCCAAGCGAGCCUCUGCUCCUGUUGGUUCUGCUGAUUCAGGAAGCUGUCUGUGAGUGGGAAUUAGAUGGGAGGUGUUUACCAAGCAGCUGAGGCAGAGACUUCCCACCCUUCCAAUGCCUUGUUUAGUCAGUAAGUUCUGGCUUUGUGGACCCAAACUGCAUUAAUUUUUAAACCCAGUCGUUUAUAUAGAAGACACCAAGUUUAUUUUCAUUUCCAUGAGAAAAAGAGGCAUGCUCACGAAGUGAAUAAUGCACAGUAAAUUUCAAUAGGCAUACUUAAUCCAUUUGUUAGCAAGUACAUUUUGCUAGCAAGAUUCCCAUAAGGACGUGUUAUAUCCUCAAUAAUUAGCUAUUUAUUCAGGUAGAGUUACCCUACAACUCUACAACACUUGUGAGCCCGGUCUAAAUUAAUACAGU